CCCCCACCCGCACGUCGGGGCGGCGAUCGCGUCCCGAGCCGGUGCCCAGGAGCCGCCGCCGCCGCCGCUCGGCAACAUGGCGGACCUGGAGGCCGUGCUGGCCGAUGUCAGCUACCUGAUGGCCAUGGAGAAGAGCAAGGCCACGCCGGCCGCCCGCGCCAGCAAGAAGAUCGCGCUGCCCGAGCCCAGUAUCCGGAGUGUGAUGCAGAAGUAUCUCGCAGAGAGAAAUGAAAUAACCUUUGACAAGAUUUUCAACCAGAAAAUUGGUUUCUUGCUAUUUAAAGAUUUUUGUUUGAAUGAAAUUAAUGAAGCUGUACCUCAGGUGAAGUUUUAUGAAGAGAUAAAGGAAUAUGAAAAGCUUGAUAAUGAAGAAGAUCGCCUUUGUAGAAGUCGGAAAAUUUAUGAUACUUAUAUCAUGAAGGAGCUGCUAUCUUGUUCGCAUCCAUUCUCAAAGCAAGCUGUAGAACAUGUCCAAAUUCACCUCGCCAAGAAACAAGUGACAUCAACUCUUUUUCAGCCAUACAUAGAAGAAAUUUGCGAAAGUCUUCGAGGCAGCAUUUUUCAAAAAUUUAUGGAAAGUGACAAGUUCACUCGAUUUUGUCAGUGGAAAAAUGUCGAAUUAAAUAUCCAUUUGACCAUGAAUGAUUUCAGUGUUCAUAGGAUCAUUGGCCGAGGAGGAUUUGGUGAAGUCUAUGGUUGCAGGAAAGCAGACACUGGAAAAAUGUAUGCAAUGAAAUGCCUCGACAAGAAGAGGAUCAAGAUGAAGCAAGGAGAAACAUUAGCCUUAAAUGAAAGGAUUAUGCUGUCUCUUGUGAGCACAGGAGAUUGUCCUUUCAUCGUCUGUAUGACCUAUGCCUUCCACACUCCAGAUAAGCUCUGCUUCAUCCUGGAUCUGAUGAAUGGGGGCGAUUUGCACUAUCACCUUUCCCAGCACGGGGUGUUUUCAGAGAAGGAGAUGAAGUUCUAUGCCACCGAGAUCAUCCUAGGGCUGGAGCACAUGCACAAUCGCUUUGUCGUUUACCGGGAUUUGAAGCCUGCAAAUAUCCUCUUGGAUGAACACGGACACGUGAGGAUAUCAGAUCUAGGUCUGGCAUGUGAUUUUUCGAAGAAGAAACCUCACGCGAGCGUUGGCACGCAUGGCUACAUGGCUCCUGAGGUGCUGCAGAAGGGAACAGCGUAUGACAGCAGUGCUGACUGGUUCUCCCUGGGCUGCAUGCUCUUCAAGCUUCUCCGAGGUCACAGUCCUUUCAGACAACACAAAACCAAAGAUAAGCAUGAGAUUGACCGAAUGACGCUCACCGUGAAUGUGGAACUUCCAGACACUUUCUCACCAGAGCUGAAGUCCCUACUGGAAGGUUUGCUGCAGCGGGAUGUCAGCAAGCGGCUGGGCUGCCAUGGAGGCGGAGCACAGGAAGUGAAAGAGCACAGCUUCUUCAAAGGUGUUGACUGGCAGCAUGUCUACUUGCAGAAGUACCCUCCACCCUUGAUCCCUCCCCGGGGAGAAGUAAAUGCUGCAGACGCUUUUGACAUCGGCUCAUUCGAUGAAGAGGACACCAAAGGCAUCAAGCUUCUUGAUAGCGACCAAGAUCUCUACAAGAACUUCCCUUUGGUCAUCUCAGAACGCUGGCAGCAGGAAGUAGCGGAAACGGUUUAUGAAGCAGUAAAUGCAGACAUGGACAAAAUUGAGGCCAGGAAGAGAGCUAAAAAUAAGCAACUUGGCCAUGAAGAAGAUUAUGCUCUGGGGAAAGACUGUAUCAUGCACGGGUACAUGCUAAAACUGGGAAAUCCGUUCCUGACUCAGUGGCAGCGCCGAUAUUUUUACCUCUUUCCAAACAGACUUGAAUGGAGAGGAGAAGGGGAAUCUCGAGAUUCCUGGAGUAUUUAUCCCAAAAAACAUAAACUGCAAAACUUACUGACAAUGGAACAGAUUCUGUCUGUGGAAGAAACUCAGAUCAAAGACAAAAAGUGCAUUUUGUUGAGGAUCAAAGGAGGAAAGCAGUUUGUCUUGCAAUGUGAGAGUGACCCUGAGUUUGUGCAGUGGAAGAAAGAGCUGACAGAAACGUUCACAGAAGCCCAGAGGCUGUUGCGUCGUGCACCAAAGUUUCUCAACAAGCCCCGGCCCAGCACCGUGGAGCUGGCCAAGCCCCCACUCUGUCACAGGAACAGCAACGGCCUUUGACAGCAGGACAGGGAGGGUCCUGGGUGAGACAGGGCCUCCGCUCGGAAAGGCCACGCCGAGGCUGUGGCACCCCUCAGGGAGCCCCAUGGAAGUGGGACGCACCUAUCUUGGGGGGUUCCUCGGCAGCUGGGAAGACUGGGGCCCUGAGGUGCUCCCCCGGGAGCAGUGACAGUUCUCAGGCACGAAGUGGGCCCCUCUCCCCUGCCGUUUCAGCCUGCACACAACUACUGAAGAGACGGAAGUUCUUGGUCUUUGCUACAUUCUUAUUUUGGUAUCUUGGAACCUGGAACUUGAGAUGGUUCAUCCUUGUCACUUCAAUUUUUACUUCUGGUAUCAAACAGACCUGACUUAGACUCUCCGAGAUGGAAUGGACUGUCUCCAGAGUUGCCUCACAGAUUUACCCACUGAGGCCAUAUUUUAUCUCUUAGAAAGAGCCGCUGCUGGGUGUCUAAUCAUCUGGGUACUACUGUGGGGUAUCAUGGCAGCAGUGGGUCCU